GUUUUACUUCAAUGAAGGCCAGUCGACAUUUUACACGAGGAUUUUAGAAUUUCAUGGAAGAUACCCCACAGUAAAUUAGAGCUAAUAACUUCGAACUUUUUACACGAUGAGCUUUGUCCAUGUGUGUAUCUGCAUAUCGGUACUUGUGUCACAGAGUUUGUCUGUUAAUAAAGAUAACUUUAAGUCUUGUGAUCAAAGUGGAUUUUGCAAACGCCAAAGAAACUAUGAACCAGGAGAGUCGACCUAUAUAGCUCUGUUGAACUCCCUUAAGACAACCUCCACGUCCAUAGAGCUUCAGUUACUUAAUAAAAAAAACAGUGUUAAAUUAUUGUUGCAAGUGAUUGGUCUCCAAGACAACACAAUACGUGUAAAAAUAAAUGAACUGUCGCCGCUGAAGCUGCGAUAUGAAAUACCAUAUGGUGAAGUAAUAACCAAACAACCAGUUCAACAGGAAAUAAAAGUAGAUGGAAGUUCACAAAAGGGUGUAACCUUCACAGUGGGAGACACGACUGGUGUAAUCUCAGCCGAACCAUUCAGAAUGGACAUCUUUUCUUCAAACGAGCCCGUUAUCAGCCUCAAUGCUCGAAAUCUUCUCAAGUUUGAACACAUGAGAGUUAAACCGGGCUGGUUCAGUAGCAUUGGAUCUGGGUUAAAAUCUUGGUUUUCCCAACCUUUCAGAGAGACUCCACAACCUGAUCCACCGAACGAUGACCACGAGGCUGAAUCAGACCACAAGGAAGGAGAAAAUGAAGAAGGAAAAGAAGAAAAUGAAGAGAACAAGGAGGAUGAGCCAAAAGAUGAACCUAAUAUGUGGGAAGAAACCUACAAAACAUUCACAGAUUCUAAACCCAACGGGCCAACAUCAGUUGGAAUGGACAUUAGCUUUCCCGGUUUCCAAUUUGUAUAUGGCAUUCCACAGCAUGCUGACUCUCUAGCCUUAAAAACUACAAAAAAUAGUGAUCCAUAUAGAUUAUUCAACCUGGAUGUUUUUGAAUAUGACAUCUACAGUCCCAUGGCUCUUUAUGGAUCAGUUCCAAUGAUGAUCGCUCACAAUGAGAAGAAGACUGUUGCUGUUUUCUGGCACAAUGCGGCCGAAACGUGGGUUGACAUUAGUUCUAAUGUUGCAGACAAGACAAUCUUUUCCAAGGUGGCAGAUUUUGUUCAAGGAAACAAUGAAAUUCCACAGACGGAUACUCACUGGUUUUCUGAGAGUGGAAUCAUUGACCUGUUCAUCAUGAUGGGACCUCGACCUAAAGAUGUCUUUCGUCAGUAUGCUCUUAUCACAGGGACAACAGCUUUACCACCUUUAUUCUCCAUUGCGUACCAUCAGUGCAGAUGGAAUUACAAUGAUGAAGCUGAUGUUGCAGCCGUAGAGGAAAACAUGGACAAGGCAGACAUUCCAUUUGAUGUCAUGUGGCUGGACAUUGAACACACAGAUGGCAAAAGAUAUUUUACUUGGGCAAAUGACAAAUUUCCAAAUCCUAAAGAUAUGAUUGGCAAGCUUUCAUCCAAAGGUCGUAAAAUGGUCAUAAUCGUUGACCCCCAUCUGAAGAAGGAUGACAGCUAUGAUGUGUACACUGAUGCCAAGUCUAAAGGCUAUUUUGUGAAAAACAAAGAUGGAAGUGAUUACGAAGGAUGGUGUUGGCCAGGAACCUCAGCCUGGCCAGACUUCAUCAACCCAGAUGUCCAGCAGUGGUGGGCCAGCAAAUUUGUUUAUGAUACUCAACCUGGGUCCACCCCUGACCUUUUUGUCUGGAAUGACAUGAACGAACCGUCCGUUUUUAACGGUCCGGAAGUUACAUUUCUUAAAGAUCUCAUACAUCAUGGGGGCGUUGAGAAUCGAGAUGUUCAUAAUAUCUAUGGAUUAUAUGUGCAAAAGGCAACUGCUGAUGGACUAGUGCUCAGAUCGGGAGGCAGGGACAGACCCUUUGUGUUAACGAGAGCUUUCUUCGCUGGCUCACAGAAAUAUGGUGCUGUGUGGACUGGUGACAACAUGGGAGAGUGGUCACAUCUGAAAAUAUCGAUACCAAUGAUUCUGUCACUGAAUAUUGCAGGAAUAACAUUUUCAGGCGCAGAUAUUGGUGGCUUUUUUAAAAACCCAGAUGCUGAGCUUCAGACUCGUUGGUAUCAGGCUGGAUCAUUUUACCCAUUUUUCCGUGCUCAUGCACACUUGGAUACAAAACGCAGAGAACCGUAUCUCCUUCCAGAGGAAAACAUGAAAAUUGUCCGGGAUGCCAUCCGUGCCCGCUAUUCACUCCUGCCAUAUUUAUACACUCAGUUUUACUUAGCUGAAAAAGAUGGACGGCCCAUUAUGCAGCCACUUUGGGUAGAAUUUCCAGAGGAAACUGCCACCUUUGGCAUUGAUGAUAAUUUUCUCUUGGGUCCAGCACUGUUGGUCCGUCCUGUAACCGAACAAGGUGCUACAACAGCAAACGUCUACUUCCCUGGAUCAGAUCAGAUUUGGUAUGAUGUACAGACUUAUGCCCAGUUUUCUGGUGGACAAGAGAAGAAUAUAGACGCACCUCUUAAUAAGAUUCCUGUUUAUCAAAGAGGUGGUACUAUUAUUCCAAGAAAAAUGAGAAUAAGAAGAUCAGCAACACUUUCAUAUCAAGAUCCUUUUACUCUUAUAGUGUGUUUAGAUAAACAGGCUAAAGCUUUAGGACAUUUAUAUGCUGAUGACUACAGAUCUUUCCAAUAUAAAAAUAGAGAAUAUAUUCAUAGAGGAUUAAUUUUUGAAAACAAUCAGUUAGAAAGCAAAAAUUUUGAUCGAAAUAGUAAAUACACAACAAAAGAAUGGAUAGAAAAAAUUGUUAUAGCUGGUUUCAAGAAAACACCAAAUAAAAUUUUUCUGAAAAAAUCAGAUGGCUCCACAAUAGAACUGGGGCAUUCUUUUAACAGUGAAAACAAAGUUCUUACAAUUCGCAAACCGGAUGUUAAUAUAUCAGAAGAUUGGAGAAUUACUAUUAAUUAAUGCACAUUCAGUUUCAUUAAUAUUAUUUCGUCAUUUCAUACAUAAAACUAAUUUCGUUUGUAUAUUUGGUUUUCUUUUCUUUCUUGUCUAACAGAAAAAAACAUCUAUAAAUUACUGUACAACCUUGCAAACGUAGAUUAUUUAUAAAACAUAAAAUAUAUUUUUUUUACCCAAUUUGUUUUUUGUGAGCUUUAAAUGUGUUACUUUGGGUACUCUAUUUCCUCGUGUUAUGUGCAAUGUUGUAUGAUGUGCAUCCCCACUUUGUGUGCUGAUUUGCACUAUUUGUAUUACGAGUGUAUAAAAUUAGUAGUGAACUCAAGAUGUAUCAGUUUAUUCUCCAGCUAUAAAUCGAUGAAUGGUCUUAUUGGCAUCUGGAUAUUGUUGUGUGGCAUCUGGAUAUUGAGUGAACACAACACCUUUCUGUGUAGGUCAGUUGAAUAACAUCUCUGUUUGCUUUUUAUAGUACUAAAUUAUAAAAGACAUUUAGCAUCUAUUUUUCUAUUGAUUUUCUCGUAAUAUAAUUUUGAUUUAUUUGAUAUAUUCACAAGAAAUACAAUUCACUAGUUAUGCAAAAAAAGAAGACGAUCUUGAUUACUUUAAAGGCAGGUGAAGUCUUUGAUCAUGUGCAAAUCUAUUGAGAGGGACACUGAUGAUGAUUGUUGCAAUCUGGGUAUUGGUUUGCUGUACAGAGACGACUGUAAUUUAUUUAGUUUCUUGUAUCGGGGUAUAUGUGCUGAAAUAGUUUUUUGUAAUUUUGUCAGUUUGUGCUGAAGGUCUGUGUACGAUUUUUGUCUUAGUGUUACGAAAGUAAAAAUUUGAGAUAUAGUUAUUACUUUUCCGAUGGUGGAGUCAGUGUUAACUUUUGCUUUAAAGUUUUACAUUUAGAUCACUUUCUCACAAAUGAAACUUAGUUUUUAGUUGUUCCUUUGGAUGUUCAUCAAAGUGCACCAAAAACGUUUAUGGUAGUCAAGACAUAUAAUUCUGGUGAAUUCUUGUAGUGAUUUAUUUAUUUACAUACAAAAUUUGUUUAAAAAAAAAAACCCAACAAACCCUGAACUAAUUGUAAUAAGUAGAUAGAAUAUAUUGCAGUUAUCUUAACUACCUGUAUGUCAUUUCAAAUAUUGCUUGAACUAAAAUAUUUAUUUACAGUAAAUGGUUCAAGUGAUUGUAGUCUAGUUAGUUUAAAAACAAAACACUUAUUUUGUUGUCCAUCUAUCCGUUAGUAAGGUCACAAGAAGAUGAAGAAAGAAAAAAACUUGUAUUACCAAACCAGCUAUUCCUACAAAGUAUGAAGUUGACAAUUGUUGGAAACUGCAAUAUUUAACGGAGUUGUGAGAUCCUUUCUUUAAGCUGCUGUUUGCCAAAUGUAAACUGAAUUUGAAGUUGAUAAAAAAUAUUUCAUAAUAGAUUUGUCAAAAAGACAAUAAUUUUGUUUUGUUAAAUGAGUUACUUAUUUUCAAAUGAGGAUCACUAAAUUGCUGUAAUUGGUUUUAGUUUAAACCUCUGUGUUCAGAUUUGAUGAAUUUGCUUAUAUUUUGAUUGUUUUUUGUCAUAUGUAUUGUUGUUUGCACCAGGGACUGGAGUAUUACCAAAGUAUUUCAUGUGUGUCUCUCUCCAUUCCCCCCCCCCCCCCCCAAAUCCAAAUAGAUAUUUCUGACAACAAUAAUUCUAUUAUUGUUAGUUUAUUAUUUAUAUAAUGUCAUUAACACUCCAAAAGCUUUUUGGGUUAACUUACAUUGUACAGCCAUUGGGUCUCAUUAACACAUUUUUCUAAAUUAUCUUUAAUAUGUUAUGGGAUACAUAUAUUUCAUGAUUUGUUGUAUUGGACAAUUAGUGUUUUCUUCUGUAAACACCAUUCAGAACUAACUCUCUUUGUGUGACCGAUAAUGGUGACAUAAGAAUUUUUUUACUGUGCAGAUAAGCUUAAACUGCCAUUGUUUUUUUUCUAAUAAUAGAGUAUUAGUUGGGACUUUACAUAUUAUUUAUUCAGUUACCACAUGUUGUCGAGACUAGAAUUGUACCUUGUUACAAGCAAAAAUUUAAAACUAGUUAUUUGUAAGUUAGAUGCCAUUGGCCUACCUUUCAUGUUUUUUAAAAUAGUGUGUAUUUGUGGGCAUUAUUACAUUUAGUCAUGUCUACUGUUUAAUAUUGUUUGAAUUGCAAGUGCUAAGAUCUACUUACUAGUAGUAUUAAGAAGUGCUCUUUCAAAUAACUCAUGAAAAUAGUGCUGUGGUUUACCAAUAUGAAUCUUAAACACAUGUCACAUCUGUUGGUCCAUGUUGAUUUUUAUUACUAAUGUAAAGAAUUUUUUGUUUAUUCUAAAUUCGGAAUGCUAGUAUCUUCUACCGUGUAUCAUGGUCUUGGGUGUAUGGACUAUUAUGCUAGUUUAUUUUAAUGCACUAGACUGGAAGGUAUGUGAUAAAUUUUUGUUAUUAUUAUAUUUUUUAUAAUAUGUAUUGCAGUACAGCGAGUAUUGACAAGUGAAGUACAUGUUUCCAUUGUUACAUCAAGUUAUGUCUUGAAUCUGGGAGGAACUGUAGCUGAAUAAAGAUUGUUAAUAGUGAGUAGUGUUUUAAGAAGAAUGAUCGUUUAUUAAAUAGUUUUCCUUUCUACUUAACUUGACAUCAAACAAAGGCAUAUUCCACUUCGGAUAUUAGUCUGGUUCAGGAGAAAGAAGGAAGUGUCAGUCACAUGACUGGAGCAGGAAGUAGAGGACUCAUUUGAUGAUUUUUAGCCAUCCCAUUGGCUGUUUGGAUGUUUGGACCUACGGGAAUGUGCCGAAAGAGAAAAUAUUUUUUAAUCUUGUAUGUUGUGAUCCAUGUCACAAAAGUGUGGAAAAUGUUUUUUAAAGUGGACUUUAAUUAAUUAAUUAGACAUGGGUGCAUAAAUGUGUUUGAUACAUAUUAUAUUUGCUAUAAGAUUAAAAAUGUCAGAAGUAUACUGCAUGAAUGCACAGACAAGAUUUUUACUAAUGGUUGCAAGGUACACAGCACAUAUGCUGAUUUAUGUUAUAAAUACUGAAUGAGUGUAUUUUAUGUGAUCAUGCGACUAGGGUUAGAAUUUUGUGGGAACUAGGUUUAAUUUUCUGUGAUGGAAUUGAAAUGUCAAUUUGUACAUUCGAGGAAUCAUGUACAUAGUCUGAGGUGUUUUUUUUAUCAGAAUUGUGAUUUGUAAAAUGUAUUUGACAUCCAACCACAAUUUGUCAUCUAGCAAACAUCUUCAUUGUUGUAUUGGUGAUACUUGACAUUUCAAGUUAUUUUAUACAUGAUGUUAUUAAAGGAUUGUUUUGUAAAUGAUUACAUGGUGGGGAGGGGUGCAGUAUGUAUAAUACCCAUCAUGUACAGAUCAAAAUUAAAUUAACUGCUACCACCUACAAAAUAUAUUUUAAAGCAGUACCACCAUACAUGACAACAAAAUGCAUCAACUGGUACUAAUUUUAGUACACAACAUAUUUUUAUAUGCCCAUCUAUGGUGGGUCGUAAUAUGGUAUGGCAUUGUCCGUCCAUCCAUCAGUCUGUUAACUUUUUCUUGUCCGGACCAUAUCUUGCAUACAUGACCAUCAAACCUCAU